CCAGUCCUGACAGAUUCGACAGCCAGCGACGGCGCCUCUGUACUCUCCCCUUCUUCUCCGGUGUGUCGGCGCUAGGACCCAGGGAGCGCGAUUCCCAUCUCCAGCUGCUGCAGACCCCAAACUGGAAAUAAGGCAAAAUUUGAGAGGACGAGCCAGAACCUGGCCCUGGAUCUAGACCCACAAAGUCUAAGUCUCGUUCACGGAUGAGGUCUGGUGCGGAGGCUGCAAGAGGUUCUGGGUGUGAGCAGGUUAUCGGUGUGCAGCAGCUCAGAGCUGAAGUUUAUCGCUGAGAGUGAAGUUGGAGGAGGAACCUUACCUUACCUGCAGGACUCUGCUCCUCUCUGAGGGAUGUUGUGUUAAAGAAACACCUAUGCAGGUGGAACCUACACUAAUGAACGUAGCGGAUGGAGCCACGGUGAGCAGAGAAAUCAGUGCUCAGACAAAAGCAUCCACAGGAAUGGUGGGAAAUCCCCCACAGACACUGACCCCUGAGUUCAGAGGCAAUGUUUCCCUCAGUCAGCAGAACAAGAACACUCCAACCUCAGAUUGUAAGACGCUCAGAGCCUGCCUGGACUCCGGCAGCUCGUCUCACCAGCCCAAUAAUGCAGCCAUGUCAGGAGAGAAGCGAGCAGACAAAAGACUAGAGAACUCCAAAAUCAAGGUGGAUGGUAUUUUCUCUUCGCCACCGCGGUCAGGCGGCGUGAAGGCCAGCUGCGAGGACUCGAACCCCUGCCACAGUAAUGUGAUGUCCGGCAGAAAAGCCCAGUCCCUAUCUGCUGGCUUUCAGUGCUCAGCCAUGUUCAAACCAGCUCCACCUGUUGCCUUCCUGCCUUCCCCUAACUUCUCCUCUCCGCUCUGUAAAAUCACUCUGCCACCAGCACUGGGUCAGAUCACGGCACUGAGAGAAGCCACGUCCGGUCAGUUCCACAAAAAUGUCCAGCCUCAGACCUCGGGUCUCCUGAGGUCUUAUCCGUACCAGUUCUCUGUAGGUCGGACUUCUUCUGCAGAGAGGAAAUCAGGGUCGUCCUCCUCCAAACUAAAGUCCAACCAUUCGCUGAGCAGGAACUCGAAGUCUGCGGGAGAACACAAGUCCUUAGCCUCCGUGGUGGCCCCAACGGCGAUGGCCCUGCCGUUGCAACACCCGUCCAUGAGUUCAGCGGCUCCGACCCACUACACCAUCUCUCCCACUGCUGCCAUCUGCUGCGGUUCGGCACUGGCCAGCAUCACCUCUCAGAGCAGACUGCUCAACCAUGUGGAGAAGAACAGAAACUCUCUGAAAACCUCUCUGCAGUCGGCCUCUGAGGACCGCAUCGUCUGUCCGGGAGAAUCCAGAGAUGUCCCCCUGGACCUGUCGGCGAAAUCCAAGCGUCCGAAAUGCAUCGGCGAUGCUCCGGCUUCUCCACUGGACACGCACGGCGCCGAAUCGAAUCCGAAGGAGUUCCUGAACUCGAAGAGGUCGUACAGUUCGGCGGCGCAGUUCCCCGUUUUACCGAACACCCACAGAAAUGGUUCUCACCCGAAACACACCCAUAACCACCAGACACCCGACCACAAAGCCGCCUGGGGUAAAGGGUCCUCGGAGGAUUCGAUAAAAAAUAUCCCAGGGACAUACGUAGGUGUGGCCAGUCCCAUCCUGGCAUCUACUCUGCGAGGGAAAGACGGAAAGGGAACAUUUGCAGACGAGCUGCAGAGUUUCGCCAAGCAGGAGCUCAUUUCGAUCGUUGAUCAAGGAGAACAUGUGUCGUCAGGGGGAAAAAAGUUAUCCUGCGCGAUGAAGAGCAGUCAGCAUUCUCACGGUGUCGCACACGCGAAAAACACCAGCACAGCCAUAACUAAGAAUGGCUCUUCUAAAGGAGCUCUGAAAUCUGCUCUGUCCAGCUCAAACUCCAAUUCCGCCGGGGCCUACUCCACCAGCGUCAGUCCAACGUGGCUGAAGGCAUCUCACCUGCCUCACCCGGGUCAGAAGAAAGGAAUCCACGCAUCUCCGAAAACCAAAGGAACCGCGGGGUUCCCUGGUCAUCACCGCAGUCAGUCCUGUCCUGACGAAGAUCAGUGGGAGGCGCUCAAGUCUCCACUGCCCAGCCUCACCUCCGUCAUCAAACAGCAACCCGUGGAAACCUCUGAGGCUCAACCUCAGCCGUCACCCGUCGCAGCAGCGAAAACGGACCUUCCGAAGCCCGGGAGCCACGAACCUCCUCCGAAACGUUCCGCUUUUCCAUCCUACUGGUCUGUGGAGAAGUGGCACGGAGCGGCGUCCCCGGAACCUCUGGAGAACCAUCAAGAUGAGAGCGGCAGCGAGAGAAUCAAAAAGAGCUCCUCAAAACCCGGACAGCCGCAUCCUUUCAGUGGCUGCACAUCUGCCAAGGAGAAGAAAACGGAGAGCAAACUCGCCCAGGUGUUAGAAGGGGACAUGCUGAGGACAGAAGGUGUGGCGUCGCUCGGUCUUGCAGGUGAACAUGUAGAGGGAAAGGCCAAAUCUGUACUGACAGGCCAGGGUGAGGAGGAGAGAGGAGGAAGGGUGCGGGAAAACCCGGAGAGGGAAACAAAUGGAACCAAAGAGGAGUCGCCAGGAAAAUCGAACCCAGCUGCUGCAGUCAAACAGAAGAAAGGCAAUCCUAAAAAAGUGACCAGGGAGAAGACGGCGGAGACGAUAAAGAAAGCUGCAGAGAAGAAACAAAACGAGGAGGAAAACACUCCAAAUAAAAUAUUCUCCAAUAAAAAGCAGAAAAAACAACCUUCACCGAUUCUGGAGCAAAGUCUGCCUGCGACAAAACACUGUUCUCCGGGUAAAGAGACGACGAAGAAAAACAAGAUCACUACCGCAAAUGUGGAACUUUCAGUCCAGAGAACCCAGAAGAAACCAGUCAGUUCCAGUCCUGGGAGGACAGAGACUCUAGUGUCGCCUGAAAGUCUGGACUCUUCUGUUCAGGACGCAGACAAAGACACAGAUACGACCUUCCCCAGACUGAGGAGAGGACGGCGGAGACUGGACGAGUCUCGGCUCGACCUGUGGGGCUUCGCGACACCUUCACCCCCUCCUCCACCUCCACCGCCACCUCCUCCUCCUCCUCCUCCGCCACCUUCUUCGGCUUCUCCUCCAGCUUCGCCCUCGUCUCCUGCAACCCCCACUCCAGUCCCCCGGCGUCCCAGAGGGAGACCGCGUUUAAAACCAGAUUGUGGAAAUCCGGGUAAGAACCGGGUGAGCAGCACCGAGGGUGACACGCCUACUCAGAAGAAACGCCAGAGAUAUUGCGGCAAAAAGUACCAAAGGGAGGACGUCAUCGCUAAGAAGGACAAGCCGGAGGAUGGAGGAGGACAAGCUGAAGAAUCACGCCGUCUCAGACGCGAAUCUGAAGGUCCAGCAGAUCCACAGACCGAUCCAUAUCUCAGCCCCGCUGCCUCCAGCCCAGAAACUCCUCCCUUCAGAAGCCUCAUGACCAGAUCGGGAUCGGUGAGAAGAGACGAGGACAUCGAGGGUUCUGCAGAGAACAGUGACAAGCCUUCGGGGAAGAGGAAGUUCAAGAGCAAACACCUAAGUGACGGCGUGGAGCAGAAGACGAAGACCAAAUGUCUGGGUAAAAGAAAGGUCCCCACCCCUCCGGAGGAAGUCCCCGAAAUAAGGAGAAGAGACAGUCCUUCGCCCGUGUCCAGAACACUUCUAUCCUCUCCGUCCAAAAAAAGUUUGUCAGGACGUAGCAGUGGUUCAGAGUCUCCAAAGAAAAGAUCGGUCCCUCCAGAGGUUCGUCGACUCAUAGUGAAUAAAAAUGCCGGAGAAACGCUGCUGCAGCGAGCUGCUCGACUGGGUUAUCAGGAAGUGGUGGAGUACUGUCUAGAGAAGGACGUCGGGGAGGUGAAUCGACGAGAUAACGCUGGCUACACGGCUCUGCACGAGGCCUCGUCCAGGGGCUGGACACAGAUCGUCCAGAUCCUGCUAAAACACGGAGCUGAUGUCAACUGCAGCGCUCAGGACGGGACACGGCCACUUCAUGAUGCAGUAGCCAGUGACAACCUCCCCAUCGUGUGGCUGCUCCUGAACCACGGCGCUGACCCGACUCUGGCCACAUAUUCUGGACACACACCUGUCAAACUGGCUCAGAGUCACGGCAUGAAGACUUUCCUCACUGAGUAUUUCAGUGACCUUGAAGGCCGGACCGAGCAGGAUUCCAACUUCAAGUGGGAUUUUUAUAGCAGCUCGCUGUUUGAGACGGAGCAGGAACCCUGCUGGGAAGAGCAGAAUCAGACAGAGAAGAGUGAUGGGGAUUCCGACAAAGACUGUCUCCUGUUUGAGUUUUCAUCCGACCCUCUGCUGCCCUGUUACUACGUCCAGGUCUCACUGAGCCAGGGCUUCUGUAACUGGUUCCUUCUGACGGAUGUCCUGAAACGUCUGAAGAUGUCGGCGAGGAUCUUCAGGGCUCGGUACCCUCACCUGGAGGUGGUGAGUGUGUCUCGCUCCGAACUGUGGCGACAAGUGUCCAUCAGUCAGGUGAGCACCUCCUUAGCUCCGACGUCCAAAGGGAAGAAGAAGAAGAAAGGGACGAAGGAGGACUCGGAGCAGGAGGACGAGGAGAAGGACGGACUCGUGGAACUGGUCCGCUGUGUUCCAGAGGUCCAGAGACUGCUGGGAUCUUCUGUUCACGUCCUAGAAGAAGACGACGAGGAAGAGCAACAGGAGGAGGAGGAGGAGGAGGAGGAGGAGGAGAAAAAACAGACCAAGCCCAGAGGACGAUAGCAGGAGGUGAAGUUUUUCGCAAGCGACGUUCCCGUCCGCGAGUAGCAGUAGAAGCUUCGAAAGACUUGUCCAGUUUCCAGCAGUGACCUCAGAGAGGUAACGAUGACCAGGACCUUCGCAGAAGAAUGUACAGAGAAGGACAUCAGGUUCAAGUUCUUCUCCAAAGGAUUAUUUAUACAUCAUUGAGACUUUUUUUCCCCCGACGGCAAAUCAGGAGAAAGGAGCUGGUCCACCCGCAGCCAAAUCAACCAGAUUGUGUUUAGAGUGUUCUUUCUGAUUUUUGACUACGUUCCUUAAGGGGACGAGAUUUUGGACUGAGGUUCGAGAAGGUUUCUGUAGAAACCAGAAACCAAAGGCACAUAAAACAGAUCAGGUUCCUCUACUCUCUGUCUCUGUUCAUCUGAUGGAGCCUCUGAGGUUCUUCUAAGAAUCUUCUGCUAGCGUUUGUGAUGGUUCCUCUGUUCAGAUGUUUUUUGCUAAGGUCCCCUAAGGUCUCUCAAAGGGUCCGUGUGGUUCCUCUGCAGGCUUCUGCGAUGUCUCUCCCUCCUCUGGUUCUUGUGAGGUUUCUCCGAAGGUUCUCCUGAGGUCUGAGGUCCCCGGUUCCUGCUCUCCUCAAGAAACCACGACGUAGAACCAGACAUGUUCAGCAGUCACGUUUUCCUCCUCCUGAACUCUGAACUGAAUCAAAAUGAGUCCUGUGGAUCUCUCAAUCUCUCUCAGAGGACACGCCCCUGACACUGCAGUGUUGCCCCCCCCCCCCCCCCCCCCCACCCUCUCCUCAGUUCCCAGAGUGAUUUGUGUUUGACUCCCUAAGUGUUUAUUUAAGGUCUUUAUGAUUAAUAUAUUUGAGGGUUUUUGUGGGGUUGGUACUGGUUUUGAGAUGAUGAUCAGAUUAUUAAUCCCUUUAUUCUCCAUCAUCAGUGUUUCACAGCUGAAGUACAGUUUUAAUGUACUGGUGCUAAAGAUAGUAAGUUCAUAGAUAAGUUUUGUGUUGACAAUCAAUUACAUUUUGGUUUGAAGUCACAAACUAAUAAAGUUUAAGAGACUAAAGGUUUAAAGAAAAGUUUAGUUUAGUUAAAAAACCAAGAAGGAAGAGAGAGUCUGAUCUGUUAUGAGUUUCUUUUAUAAAAAAAACAAAACAAAAAAA